CUCUCAUUGGCCCAUCGUUGAUGACUGUUAAUUGCUCGCCCUCAUGUUCAGGUGACGCCUGUUGUGCGCAUGUGAACAAAAUGUCUUGCAAACAGAGAAGAGGUAAAAUAACUUUGUUUUUAUUUGUUGUAAACGUUUAUUUUUACACGUUUCAAGUCGGUCAUUCGGUAAGUUUAGGACAGCGGGAGGAAGAAGAAGGUUUACCUGAAGUCCAGGAGUCACCAGCGACCAGGUGGGAGAGGAUUCAACAGGAUGACGACGCCCAGCAGAGACACCUGGAUGAACAGAGAAGAAGAGGCCAAAGUCUGCUCAAAUCCACCCGGCCAGGUCUCACGGGGCUUCGGCCUCAAUCUGCCGUCUUUCCCGGAGAGCCAAUCCCAUAUUUCAGAGCACCAACACUUGAUGACAGCUCGUCCUGGACUGUUGGUAACAUCAGGUCCUCUGCUUCAGACCCUGAAGAUGGAUAUCAAGCAGAUUUUACAGGUGUUCAUGGAGUCCAGGGGAAGGUUAUGGGCCCAUCAUUGGACUCCAGUCCACAUUCCUCUGAGUGGCUGGCUAUGAGGCCCUUGGUGCAGUGUGAUGAUAGUGUCAUGACCUUCACUGCCUCUGGAGAAGAAUUCAAACACCUGUUAGUGGACAGAGAGGGAGCCUCUCCCAUCUCCCCGUUCCAGUUACCUCCAUACUGUGGUUACUCAGUGAGGACGUCCUGGAGUGACCUUGAGAUGAUGGUGCCUUACGAUGCAUGUUACAUUACACAGGAGAAUGGCAGUUAUGUGCUGCCCAUGUUGUGGUGGGGCAGCCCACUGAAGCUCUCCUGUCCGAUGCAGACGUCCACUGCUGUCCCCCCUCUCUCCCACUCUGCCCCCUCAGUCUUGUGCUCCUCCUACGGCAUGGCGGUGCAGAUACAAGGACAGGAGCAGGAUAUACAGAUACUGGGAGUCAUCGUGAAUGGAGGUUGGGGUCCGUUUGUCUCUGAAGAGUGUGCGUACCGUGUCCCCUCCCAUCCUGGGGAGCUGGCCUUCUUCAUCUCCUACGGCGCUCCGUGUAUCACAAAUGGAGAUGGUCUUCAUCUGCAGCUCAUAUUAGAUGAUCAGGAAUUCAUUCUCUCCUGUCCAGUCAGUCCUCAGUUUCCCUACGUGCCCUCUCCUCCUCCGCCUCCGUCGUCUCCUGUUGACCCUCAGCUUCCCUAUAUCCCAGAUCCUGUCAGCCCUGCACCAACCUCCCCUCCUCCUCCUCCUCAUCCUCCUCCUCCUCCUCCUCCACCACCCCCUCCUCAACCUCCAACCCAGGAGCAGAUUGCUCAGCUUCCUGACUUCUCCCACUACCCCUAUCCUGGAUUCCACUACCUGCAGUUUCCCCAGGUCUACCCUCCUGGCCCACAGCCUGCCCGUCCCUCUCAACCCACUCCUGGCGGCCCUCCUGGGCCCCAUCAGCAGCAGCAGCAGCAGCAGCAGCAGCAGCAGUCCCUCUACCCCACGGGGCCUGGCAAACUGCCCUACUCUCCUGGAGAGCACCCAAAAUACCCAUCCUCUCCUGACCAGCCUCCUGCGGAGGUGCAAGCCACAUCCGCUCCAGAUCUUAGCCCAGUGGAGGAUAGGUCUCCCCAUCAAUUUUCCAAAUUACCUGUUGGCCCUUUUGAAUAUGCAUCCGGUGGAUAUUACCCCUAUGUGCCGUUCUACUACCCUCCAUUGACACCAGCGCCGACCUCUGCAGCUAAAACUACUACUACUACAACUACUACUGUUACUCCAGCUACCCACCCACCCAAACCUCCAGCAAGCCCUAAUUACCCUCCGUAUUAUCUUCAGAUACCUUACUAUCCUGCACCCACUGCAGCACCAGUGACCCAAGCACCUGCUCCUCUCCCUCCCAGCCCACCAUCGCCUCCUCCCUCUCCACCAAAACAACCUGUGGGUCCACAUUACCCCGUCGGUCCAUUUUAUCCCCCUGCUUCUUAUAGCUCUUACUAUCAUUAUGGACUAUUUUCCUACCCUGGUCUUGAGGUCCAGCCUGCUAUCGCUCCAUCUUCCCCUCCUCCACCUCCUACCACCACCACAACUACAACCACGGCGAUGGUUCCCAAACAACCUGACAGUCCCAGCUAUCCCUAUGGCCAGUUUUACGCCCAAAGACCCAUUUACUUCCCACCACCCACACCUCCACCCCCUGCCAAAAAGAAAGAUGAAACUACUCCUCAGGAACCUCCAGAAAAAGUGGAUGCACAAGCCAACUGCCCUUACUCUCACACCACCGGUAGCUACUACCCUUAUCCCUAUUAUUACCAUCCUCUCUACCCGCCACACUACCAUCCACCUUACCCCCCUGUGCCCCAGUAUCCAGAGAUUCAACCACCAACCACCACCACCACUAUAACUCCCACCACUACCACGACAACUCCCACCACUACCACAGCAACUCCCACCACCACAAGUUAUACAGCAUCUACCACAGCUGGACCCACUCCACAGACGCCCCAUCUUCAGUGUCUGAUGGGGAGGAUGGUUGUUUUCCUGCCUUUUGCUCACCCAGACUCCAUCCAGGUCAGAGACCAAAUGAAGACCUGGCUGUUCAUCUCCGGUGUGUCUCCACUAUGUGGCUACAUGCUGCAGAUGGCCGAGGGCUCCGGGGUAAUCCUUCACUCUCCUCUGCCCACCUGCCACAGCCAGCCACGGACUCCCAUGACCAUUUCCUUACCUCUGAGGUUUUGGGACCUUUCCAUGGCGCAGUAUAGGGAUCUGGACCUGCAAUGCGCGUAUCAAACGACCCCUGAAACUCCUGCACCAGUUACCCCACCAGUUUCCACUACCACACCCAGCACCACCGAGGGCACGGUCAGCCCUACUGUUGUCCCAAAGCCUAAAGUCUUCUGCACCUCCCAUCAGAUGACGGUGGAGCUCCCCUCUGGUCCUUCCUCUGCAAUUGUUGUUAAAGACAUCAAAGGGAACCAGAUGAACCUCCAGGAUGCCCCAAAGCACUGUGGGUAUUCUGCAAGAAAAGGCAAAGAUGGCAAAAUACGCUUGAGUCUCCAGUUACACUCACGCUGCCACAUGAGUGUGCAGGGUAAAAUGUACAUCAUCACUGUCGUCUACAUGACAGUAAGUGGGAGACGGGAGGCUCAGUUGUCCUGUCCGGUUGUCGUCCCAGGGUCUGGACAAGAGUGCAACCUUCCCAGCGAACAGCGUCUCCCCUGCGGACCCAGCUCUGUAUCCCAGCCCCAGUGCCUCUCCAUGGGCUGCUGCUUCAGCAAGCACCCCCCUGCCUGCUACUACCCAAUGGAUGAGUGCACUAUUGACCGCCACUUUGUCUUCUCCGUGCCGGCCUCCCUCACUGACCCCCCUCUUUCCCCCGCCCUGCUUGUCGCUGCCGGAAACUCCACCUGCAAACCUCAGAGAGUGACUUCCGACUACGCCUUGUUCAAGAUCCCGAUGGACGGCUGUGGGACACGCAGAGUAACAGUGGGGAAAACGGUGAUCUACAUGGUGGAGAUCAUCAACAAGAUGCAGGCAAUCAGCCUCAACUACGGCACCAUCACGAGGGAUUCUCCUGUCAGGUUGUUGGUGGAGUGCAGGUUUCUGCCAGGCACUGUUCUGAGUGUGAGCUACUUGGUUAAAACUCCCAGCCUGGGACCUGAAGUUCAGACCAAGGGGAUGUUUGGAGUCCAACUCAGGAUUGCCAAAGACGGCCAGUACAGCAGCUACUACCCUCAGUAUCAUCAGCCCCUGCAGAUGCUGCUGGGGAAACCCCUCUACCUGGAAGUGCGGCUGCUCAACGCCCCGGAUCCCAGUUUGGUGCUGUUGGUGAACUACUGUGUGGCCUACCCCCGCUCUGGAAAGGCUGUGUGGAUGCUGCUUUACAACGGAUGUCCGAACCCUUUGGACCCAGCCCUGAAGCAAGCUGUGAUAUCUGAUCCUCGGCCGCCCUCUCCUCAGGCUCAGACCCGCCGCUUCACCAUCACCACCUUCCAGUUCCUUCCUGAUAGUGAGUUCAAGGACCCGGACGAGGAGAUCUACUUCAUGUGUUCAACUGAGAUCUGCUCGCCACGUGACGGGCCUUGUGUCGAGGGAUGCUUUGGCCAGUGACGUGACGACAUGGAAGACGAUUGAAGCUUGUUGAGAUGAUGAUGAUCUGGCCUCAGACGUCACUUGUUCAACCACCAAUAAAAGCUCUUAAAGGACACAGA